UCUUCUUUUUAAAUCUUCUUUUUCUUUUUAAUUCGUCCAUGCUCAUUAUCUUCUUUUAUAUUUUAAUUUUAACUUGUUUUUCUUUUGUUUUUCCUCUUUUAAAGGAAUUUUUUAAAUUUUUUAUGGAAAUGAGUGAAAGUUAAUUAAAAUAUUUAAAUUUUAAAAUUAACAAUCAACCUUCAUAAAUUAAAAAAUUUAUUUUUAGAGAUAAAAAAUGUACAAAAUUUAUCGUUAAAAUGAAAAGAAUAACAAUUAUUUUAAUUAAUUUUGUUUUAUUUUUUAUUUCUUUAUUUUUAUUUUCUUUAUUAAUAAAUGCUGAAUUGAGUAAAAAUAACGAAAAAAUUUCUUGGAUUGUUGGUAAAUGGCGUUCAGAAUUUUCUGGAAAAGUUGUUUGGCCAAGUAUUCCAACAAUGACUUUUGGAGAAGAAUUAAAUAUACAAGAGGCUCCAAUGGCUGGAACUUCUGGGGUACAAUUCCUUAAUUGGAGUGCUCGUGCCUGGUCACAUUCCACAAAAGACCAUUUCCACGAUGAAUGGGGAUUUAUUACAGUAGAACCAAAUGGGAAUGCAACUUUAAUGACGGCAGGGAAUAACGGUUUUACUACUUAUGAAGUUGGAGAAGUGACUAGAAAUAAAAUGAUUUUAACUUUAAAAGAUAUUGGAAGGAUUUCAUUUUCGAGGGAUUUACCAGUAGAAGAUCUUCGGAGAACUUUUAUUAAACAUGAUGAUACCUAUAUGGAACAAAUUUUGGAAAUGAGAACAGCAACACACCCUAGACUAGGAUAUUUAGAACAUACAAGAGUUGUUUAUACAAAAAUUGUUUAG